GCAACCAUGGGUGACGGUGAAAUGGCCUGCUUCGGCGAGGCCGCUCAGUACCUCCGUAAGCCAGAGAAAGAAAGACUGGAGGCCCAGAACAAACCCUUUGAUGCCAAGAACACCUGCUUUGUAGAUGAUGCAAAGGAACUCUAUGUGAAAGGUUUAAUCACUGCUCGGGAAGAUGGAAAAGUCACCGUGAAAACUGACGAUGGGAGGACUGUAACAGUAAAAGAUGGCCAAGUUUACCCUCAAAAUCCUCCCAAGUUUGACAAAAUUGAAGACAUGGCCAUGUUGACUCACCUGAAUGAGGCUUCUGUGCUUUAUAACCUCAAAGAGCGUUAUGCAGCCUGGAUGAUCUACACCUACUCUGGGCUUUUCUGCGCUACUGUCAACCCUUACAAGUGGCUACCAGUAUACAAUGCAGAGGUGGUAUCUGGCUACAGAGGCAAGAAGCGUAUGGAAGCCCCACCACACAUCUUCUCCAUCUCUGAUAAUGCCUAUCAGUUCAUGUUAACAGAUCGUGAAAAUCAGUCUGUCCUGAUUACUGGAGAAUCUGGUGCUGGAAAGACUGUAAACACCAAGCGUGUCAUCCAGUACUUUGCAUCAAUUGCAGCUGUUGGAGACUCUGGAAAGAAGAAGGAACCUACCAACCAAUUGAAGGGAACUCUGGAGGAUCAAAUUAUCCAAGCUAACCCUCUGCUGGAAGCCUUCGGUAAUGCCAAGACCGUGAGAAAUGAUAACUCCUCUCGUUUUGGUAAAUUUAUCAGAAUCCAUUUUGGAACCACUGGAAAAUUGUCUUCUGCUGAUAUUGAAACAUAUCUGCUGGAAAAGUCAAGAGUAACAUUCCAGCUUUCAGCUGAGAGAUGCUACCACAUCUUCUACCAGAUCUUGACAAACAAGAAACCAGAGCUUGUCGAGAUGAAUCUUCUUACCACCAACCCAUAUGACUAUCAUUGGAUCAGCCAGGGUGAAAUCACUGUGAAGAGUAUUGAUGAUGAGGAGGAGUUGAUAGCCACAGAUACCGCUAUUGACAUCCUGGGAUUCACUCAAGAAGAGAAGAAUGGCAUCUACAAAAUGACUGGUGCUAUCAUGCACAGUGGUAACAUGAAAUUCAAGCAGAAGCAGAGGGAGGAACAGGCUGAGCCAGAUUGCAGUGAAGUUGCUGACAAAGUUGGAUACUUGAUGGGCUUGAACUCUGCUGACUUGUUAAAGGGUUUGUGCUACCCAAGAGUAAAAGUCGGUAAUGAAUUUGUCACCAAGGGACAGACCGUGCAACAGGUAUACAACUCUGUCGGUGCCCUCAGCAAGUCCGUCUAUGAGAAACUGUUCUUGUGGAUGGUCACUCGUAUCAAUCAACAGCUGGACACCAAGCAGCCCAGACAAUUCUUCAUUGGUGUGCUGGAUAUUGCUGGUUUUGAGAUCUUUGAUUUCAACACCUUGGAGCAGCUUUGCAUCAACUUCACUAAUGAGAAGCUACAGCAGUUCUUCAACCACCACAUGUUCGUCCUGGAACAGGAGGAAUACAAGAAGGAAGGCAUUGACUGGGAGUUCAUUGACUUUGGUAUGGACUUGGCUGCCUGCAUUGAGCUCAUUGAGAAGCCUAUGGGCAUUUUCUCCAUCCUUGAAGAGGAGUGCAUGUUCCCCAAGGCCACUGACACAUCCUUCAAGAAUAAGCUUUAUGAACAGCAUCUUGGCAAGUGCAAGAACUUUGAGAAACCCAAGCCUGGCAAAGGAAAGGCUGAAGCUCAUUUCUCUCUGGUGCAUUAUGCUGGUACUGUGGAUUACAACAUCAGUGGCUGGCUUGAUAAGAAUAAGGAUCCACUGAACGAAUCCGUCCUUCAACUGUACCAGAAGUCUUCUGUCAAACUGCUGUCUUUCUUGUAUUCCAGCUAUAAUAACACUGAUGCCGACGCAGGCAGUGGUGGCAAAGGUGGCAAGAAGAAGAAGGGAUCCUCCUUCCAGACUGUGUCUGCUCUCUUCAGGGAAAACUUGAACAAGCUGAUGACCAACUUGAAAAGCACCCAUCCUCACUUUGUGCGUUGUCUGAUCCCUAACGAGACCAAGACUCCAGGUAUCAUGGAUAACCACUUGCUCAUCCACCAGCUGAGAUGUAACGGUGUAUUGGAAGGUAUCAGAAUUUGCAGAAAGGGAUUCCCAAGCAGAAUCCUCUAUGCUGACUUUAAACAACGAUACAAGGUACUGAAUGCCAGUGCAAUUCCUGACGGGCAGUUUAUUGACAGCAAGAAGGGAGCUGAGAAACUCUUGGGCUCAAUUGAUGUUGAUCACACUCAAUACAAAUUUGGACACACUAAGGUGUUCUUCAAAGCUGGUCUCCUGGGUACCCUGGAAGAGAUGAGAGAUGAAAAGUUGGCCCAACUGAUUACUCGCACUCAAGCUCUUUGCAGAGGUUUCCUGAUGAGAGUUGAGUUUAAGAAGAUGAUGGACAGGAGGGAGGCCUUAUUUACAAUUCAGUACAAUGUCAGAUCCUUCAUGAAUGUCAAACACUGGCCAUGGAUGAAGCUGUACUUCAAGAUUAAGCCUCUUCUGAAGAGUGCUGAGACAGAAAAGGAGAUGGCAAACAUGAAGGAAGAGUUUGAGACGACAAAAGAAGCUCUGGCAAAGGCAGAAGCCAGAAGGAAGGAGCUAGAAGAAAAACUGGUUGUCCUUGUCCAAGAAAAGAAUGACUUGGUUCUCCAAGUCCAAUCGGAGUCAGAGACUCUUGCUGAUUCUGAGGAAAGAUGUGAAGGCCUCAUCAAGAAUAAGAUCCAGUUGGAGUCAAAGAUUAAGGAGCUGAAUGAAAGACUUGAAGAUGAAGAAGAAAGCAAUGCUGAGCUGACUGCCAAAAAGAGGAAACUAGAGGAUGAGUGCUCUGAGUUGAAGAAAGACAUUGAUGACUUGGAACUUACUCUGGCUAAAGUUGAAAAGGAAAAACAUGCCACAGAAAACAAGGUUAAAAACCUUACAGAAGAACUGGCAGCUCUUGAUGAAAAUAUCUCCAAAGUCACCAAGGAGAAGAAGGCUCUCCAAGAAGCUCACCAACAAACUCUUGAUGACCUUCAGGCUGAGGAAGACAAAGUCAGCUCUUUGACUAAAGCCAAGACAAAGCUGGAACAACAAGUAGAUGAUCUGGAAGGUUCUCUUGAACAAGAGAAGAAACUCCGUCUUGACUUUGAAAGAGCUAAAAGAAAGCUUGAAGGUGACCUGAAACUGUCUCAGGAAACAGUUAUGGAUCUUGAAAAUGCUAAACAACAAACUGAGGAAAAACUUAAAAAGAAAGACUUUGAAAUUAGCCAGCUGCAAGGGAAGAUAGAGGAUGAGCAAUCCCUGUCAUCACAACUGCAGAAGAAGAUCAAGGAACUGCAGGCUCGCAUUGAAGAACUUGAGGAAGAAAUUGAAGCUGAACGUGCCGCUCGUGCCAAAGUUGAAAAGCAGAGAGCUGAUCUUUCUAGAGAACUUGAAGAGAUCAGUGAAAGACUUGAAGAAGCUGGGGGUGCUACAUCUGCACAGAUUGAGUUGAAUAAGAAGCGUGAAGCCGAGUUCCAGAAACUGAGACGUGAUCUGGAAGAAGCCACUCUUCAAAACGAAGCUACAGCUGCGGCCCUGCGCAAGAAGCAUGCCGACAGUGUUGCUGAACUUGGUGAACAGAUUGACAACCUGCAGCGUGUGAAGCAGAAACUAGAGAAAGAAAAGAGUGAACUGAAGAUGGAAGUUGAUGAUCUUGCCAGCAAUCUGGAAAGCGUCUCUAAAUCUAAGGCCAACCUUGAGAAGAUCAACCGUGUAGUUGAGGACCAACUCAGUGAAGUGAAGACUAAGGAUGAUGAGCAUCAACGUGUGAUUAAUGACCUCACAGCUCAAAGAGCACGUUUCCAGACAGAAAGUGGUGAACUAUCUCGCCAACUGGAGGAGAAGGAAGCUCUAAUUUCUCAGCUCAGCAGAGGAAAGCAGGGAUUCACCCAGCAGGUGGAGGAACUGAAGAGACAACUUGAGGAGGAAACAAAGGCUAAGAACGCCCUUGCCCAUGCUCUUCAAUCUGCCCGCCACGAUAAUGACUUGCUCCGUGAGCAAUAUGAAGAGGAACAAGAAGCCAAGGCUGAAUUCCAGCGUUCUUUGUCCAAAGCUAAUGGUGAAGUUGCCCAGUGGAGGACCAAAUAUGAAACUGAUGCCAUUCAGCGUACAGAAGAGCUGGAAGAGGCCAAGAAGAAACUGGCUCAGCGUUUGCAGGAUGCUGAGGAACAAGUUACAGCUGUGAACUCCAAGUGUGCCUCCUUGGAAAAGACCAAGCAGCGGCUGCAAUCUGAAGUGGAGGACCUUAUGGUUGAUGUGGAGAGAGCAAAUAGUGCAGCAGCUUCUCUUGACAAGAAGCAGAGGAACUUUGAUAAGGUCCUGAUUGAGUGGAAACAAAAGUAUGAAGAGGGACAGGCUGAGCUUGAAGCUGCUCAGAAAGAAGCCCGCAGCUUGAGCACUGAAAUCUUCAAGAUGAAGAAUGCUUAUGAGGAGGCACUGGAACAAGUUGAGACCUUGAAACGUGAAAACAAGAACUUGCAACAGGAGAUCUCAGAUCUGAGUGAACAGAUUGGCGAGACUGGAAAAUCCAUUAAUGAGUUAGAGAAAGCCAAGAAACAGAUUGAGCAGGAGAAGAGCGAUCUGCAGGCUGCUCUGGAGGAAGCUGAGGGAUCUUUGGAACAUGAAGAAGCCAAGAUCCUGCGUGUCCAACUUGAGCUCAACCAGGUUAAGUCAGAAGUGGACCGGAAGAUUCAAGAAAUGCUGAAGAGAAAGCCAAGAAGGCCAUCACUGAUGUAA